GCCUCGUCGACGGCUAGAUGUCCAGCUGUUUCCCUCCCCUCUUCUCUCGUCGCCUCACCAAUCCCGUUGUCGAGUACAAGACGUCACCGCCCAACUUAUCCUGAAUCCUCCCUCAAAACCCUGCGGAAAAUUCGGGCGAAUCGCGAGGCGAUUGCCCUCGGAACCCGCUCGGCUCGGAGUGGCUUGGUGAGUGGGUACACGGUGCCUGGUUCGGUUGGUCGCGCGCGGCCUGGGUUCGGCGAUGGCGGAGGGGCGGCGCUACGCGAUCGCGCCGCAGCUAGAUAUUGAGCAGAUAUUGAAGGAGGCUCAACACCGGUGGUUACGACCUGCUGAGAUUUGUGAAAUACUUAAAAACUACAGAAAUUUUCGUAUUGCCCCAGAACCACCAAAUAGACCUACAAGUGGUUCUCUUUUCUUAUUUGAUCGGAAAGUAUUGAGAUAUUUCCGGAAGGAUGGGCACAAUUGGAGGAAGAAAAAGGAUGGAAAGACUGUCAAAGAAGCCCAUGAAAGACUAAAAUCUGGAAGUAUUGAUGUGCUUCACUGCUACUAUGCUCACGGGGAAGAAAAUGAGAACUUCCAAAGGAGGACUUAUUGGAUGUUGGAGGAGGAUUUUAUGCACAUCGUGCUUGUACAUUAUCUCGAAGUCAAGGGUGGCAAAUCAAGCUCUCGUAUUAGGGGAAAUGAUGAUAUGCUGCAAGCUGCUCGUACGGACAGCCCUUUAAGUCAGUUGCCUUCGCAAACUACAGAAGGUGAAAGCUCCCUUAGUGGACAAGCAUUCGAGUAUGAGGAAACAGAAUCAGCAGAUAUUUAUUCGGGAGGAGCCGGAUACUACCCUUUCUCUUGGAUGCAGCAGCAUGAAAAUGGAGGUGGACAUGUGAUGAGUACUUCUGUUUCGAGCUCUUACGUUCCUGCAUCGUCUGUAGGUAAUCAUCAAGGCUUACCGUCUACAGCAACUAAUACAAGCUUUUAUUCUCAUGGUCAAGAUACCUUGCCAGUGGUUCUUAAUGAGUCUGGUCUUGGCUUUGCAUUCAAUGGGGCUGAUAGUCAAUUGGAUCUGUCAUCAUGGAAUGGAGUUAAACCUGACAAAGGGAUCCAUCAAAUGCCUCCACCUCAAGUUUCUGUUCCUUCCGAACAGUUUCCUUUUACCGAAGGCUCUGGAGUUGAAUCCUUUACAUUUGAUGAAGUAUAUAGUAAUGGACUGGGUAUCAAGGAUGCAGAUGUUGCAGUCACUGAUCAAGAAGAACUGUGGCAGCUUACAGGUGCUAUUGGUGGUUCAUUUGCUACAGAGGACAGUUUCCAACGAAAUGAUAGAUCUUUGGAGGAAGCUAUUAAUUACCCUCUAUUGAAAACUCAAUCCUCUAAUCUUUCCGAUAUCCUGAAGGACAGCUUUAAGAAAAGUGAUAGUUUUACGAGAUGGAUGAGCAAAGAACUUGGUGAAGUAGAUGAUUCCCAAAUUAAAUCCAAUUCUGGAGUGUACUGGAACAGCGAAGAGACUGACUAUAUCAUUGAAGCAUCAAGCCGUGAUCAGUUGGAUCAACUUACUGUGGGCCCAGAGCUUGCACAAGACCAACUGUUUAGUAUAGUUGAUUUUUCUCCAAGCUGGACAUAUGCAGGCUCAAAGACCAGGGUUCUCAUUACUGGUAGAUUCUUAAACUCUAAUGAGGUUAAAAGAUGCAAGUGGUCAUGUAUGUUUGGAGAAGUUGAAGUCUCAGCAGAGAUUUUAGCUGAUGGGACUCUCAGAUGUUAUUCUCCAUCACACAAACCAGGCAGGGUUCCUUUCUAUGUUACAUGCUCCAACAGGUUGGCCUGCAGUGAAAUACGAGAGUUUGAAUUCCGACCAAGUGAUCCCCAAUACAUGGAUGCUCCAAGUCCACAUGGUUCUACAAACAAAACAUAUCUCCAGAUGCGUCUUGAUAAACUGUUGUCUUUGGGACAAGAUGAGUACCAGGUAACAGUAUCUAAUCCCACAAAGAAGAUGAUUGAUUUGAGCAAUAAGAUAAGUUCAUUGAUGAUGGACAAUGAUGCGUGGUCCAUGUUGCUAAAGUUGGCUGAUGAUAAUGAGCUUGCCACUGAUGAUAAGCAAGAUCAGUUAUUUGAAAAAUGUAUCAAGAAAAAAUUGCAUAUCUGGCUUGUCCAUACAGCAAGUGAUGAUGGCAAAGGCCCCAGUGUGUUAGAUGAGGAGGGGCAGGGUGUGCUUCAUCUAGCAGCUGCCUUAGGAUAUGACUGGGCAAUAAGGCCAACAAUUACUGCUGGUCUGAAUAUAAAUUUCAGAGAUGCUCAUGGUUGGACUGCACUCCAUUGGGCUGCAUUUUGUGGCAGAGAGCGAACAGUUGUUGCACUUAUUGCACUAGGUGCAGCUCCUGGAGCUUUGACGGAUCCAACGCCUGAUUACCCUUCAGGAAGCACACCAGCUGAUCUUGCGUCAUUAAAUGGACACAAGGGAAUUUCUGGCUUCUUAGCAGAGUCUUCUUUAACAAGUCAUCUUCAUUCCCUCAAUCUAAAGGAAGCCAUGGGGAGCAAUGCAUCAGAAAUAUCUGGUUUGCCUGGUAUUGGUGAUUUUACUGAAAGAAGAGCGUCACCAUUGGCAGGUCAAGGUCUUCAAGCUGGAUCCAUGGAGGAUUCACUAGGUGCUGUUCGAAAUGCUGCCCAAGCUGCUGCUCGUAUAUAUCAAGUUUUCAGGGUGCAAUCCUUCCAGAGAAAGCAAGCAGUUCAGUAUGAGGAUGACAGUGGUGCAAUAUCAGAUGAGCGUGCCCUCUCACUCCUUUCUGUUAAACCAUCUAAACAAGGUCAACUUGAUCCCCUUCAUGCUGCUGCAACUCGAAUACAAAACAAGUAUCGUGGAUGGAAGGGAAGGAAGGAAUUUAUUCUUAUUAGGCAGCGAAUUGUCAAGAUCCAGGCUCAUGUGCGCGGUCACCAAGUGAGAAAGCAUUAUCGUAAAAUCGUUUGGUCUGUUGGAAUAGUGGAGAAGGUCAUAUUGCGCUGGAGGCGAAGAGGGGCUGGGUUACGAGGGUUUCGGUCUACUGAAGGUGCCAUGGAGGGCACUAGCAGCAGCAAUAGUGAUUUGAUUCGAAAAAAACCUGCUGAGGAUGAUUAUGAUUUCUUGCAAGAAGGACGGAAGCAUACUGAAGAAAGGCUGCAGAAAGCUCUUGCCAGAGUGAAGUCCAUGGUUCAGUACCCAGAUGCUCGGGAUCAGUAUCAGAGGAUUCUGACUGUUGUAACAAAAAUGCAAGAAUCCCAGGCUAUGCAAGAAAAGAUGCUCGAGGAAUCAACAGAGAUGGAUGAAAGCUUCUUGAGGAGUGAAUUCAAAGAGCUAUGGGAUGACGACAUGCCAAUGCCUGGCUAUUUCUAGGUCCUAACAACUGGUGUAUCUGCGUGUAAAUUGCUUACCUGAUGGCUUUGUUAGUGUUACCAAAUCGAUAACCCUUAGUUCCAUUGCUAAGUUAAUCAUCUAGUAUGUUUGUUUUUUAAGUUCGGUUCUUGUCUGUGUUGUUUAGCCCUAACUAUUCUGUACAGUAUAUGUUCUAUUGAAUGUAAAUGUAUAUCUAUUGUGAAAUU